AUGUCGCAAUGGUCAAGAAGAAAGACUGGCAGAUUGCCGGUGCGAAAUCUAUCACUUCCAAUAUUUUUCAACGGGAUAUCCGAGGAAAACCAAGCAGCAGAAAUAAAAGAUGCCUUGAAUAAUACGCGGCACUGUGUUCUGACAAAAACGCGGACAGUCAAUCUUAGCUGUUUGGCAAUAAAAAAUAUCCCAAUCAGCUCUCUAUUAUCCAUAAUUAAAGAGGAGCAGCUUCCUCUGAAUGAGCAAGUCGAUUAUGAAGCUGUUUUCAGCGAGUCAAAAGUUAUACUGAACCUUGAAGGCAACCUGCUUGAAAGUCUUCCUCUAGAGCUGUUCACUGCUACAAAUAUACAUGCAAUCCUCCUUCGGUCAAAUAAGAUCCAGACUAUUCCAAGUAACAUUCAAAAUCUGGCCCACCUACAUACACUAACUCUAUCAAACAAUCCAAUUCAAUAUCUGCCUAUUGAGAUUCUCUCACUUCCCAUUAUGCUGUUCACUAUAUGCUCUAGACACUUUCUAAGUGCAGAGGAGAUUGAAAAAAGAAAUGCGAGUGUGGUCUUUAAGGAAAAAACACUGAAUGAGCUUUGUCUAAAAACCAUAGUAAUAGAGAACAUGCAGAAUCUAUCUCCAGCAUUUAAGAAGUCCCACUUUAUAUGCUACGGCUGUAAAUCAUUUACUACAUGCACAAACAUAAUAUUUAAAAUUAUCUCAUAUAAAGGCCAUGAUAUUCCAUUUGCAAUGCGUAUUUGUUCUUUAGAGUGCAAGGAGAACUGUCUGAAUCCUCAGCCUCAGAUAUAA